UCAGAGUAGGGAGAGAAGCCCAUCCUGGGGUUCUCAUUGGCAUAUGCAUUCACGUCACCUGGGCAGGGCUCAAAAUACCAGCCAUUCCCUAGAGACUCUCUCUGGCUCUCUGUCCAUAUAGACAGCUCCAGGACCUGGGGGAAUCCAGUAGCUUCCAACCACGUGCAGUGAGCACAAUGGUGCCUGUCCUGCUGCCCCUGCUGCUCUUUCUGAGUCCUGCAGUCACCCAGGAGACCCAAGAUGGGCCUUACUCUCUGACCUUCUACUCCACUGCGGUGUCCAGGUCUACUGAGGCCUCUCCCAGCUUUCAGGCCACUGGCUACCUCAAUGACCAGGCCUUCUUCCACUACGAUAGUGAAAGUGGGAAGGCUGAGCCCCUGGGCCCGUGGAAACAGGUGAAAGGGAUGGAGGACUGGGAGGAGGAGAGUAAACGUCAGAAGGCCAGGGGGGACUUCAUCCUGAAGAACCUGGAAGACAUCAUGAGCUACUACAAGGACAAAGGGAAUCACACCACACGGGAAAAGUUUAGUUGUGUGCUCCGGAAUAACAGCUACUGUGGGGCAUCCUGGAAGAUUGCCUACGAUGGACAGGACUACAUCGAGUUCAACACAGAAAUCCCAGCCUGGAUCCCACUGCAGCCAGAAGCUCUGAACACCAAGGUGAAGUGGGAGACAGAAGGCUCUGUGUUGCGGGCGAGGGCCUCCAUGGAAGAUGAGUGCCCCCAGAAGCUACGGAGGUACCUGCAAUACAGCAAGAUUUACCUGGACCGACAAGAUCAUCCCUCUGUGUCAAUCACCAGCCAGAUGGCGCCAGGAGGCACCAGGACCCUCAAGUGUUUGGCCUACAACUUCUACCCACAACCAAUCAGUCUGUACUGGACUCGGGCCAGCAAUGUGGUGGAGACUGAGUCACAGGGAGAGGAUCUCAGUGAAAGUGACUCUUACCAGUCCUGGGUGGAGGUGAAAAUCCCCUCUCAAGACACAGACCCCUACUCUUGCCACGUUCAGCACAGCAGCCUGGCCCAGCCCCUCAUUGUCCCAUGGCAUGAGGGUCAGGAAGCAGGACCUUGAGGAGGCUUCAGACCUCCUCAAGGUCUCAAGACCAGUAGUCACCCUUUUUUUGAGACAUGAGACAGAUGAGCUCUAGAACCACUGCCAACGCCAACAGCAAGGCCCGGGGAAGCAGUGAAGGAGACAGCUGGUGGAUUUGGAGACACAAGAUUUGAAUGCUGGGCACUGGGCUGACUCACUGCCACAGCCCUUCAGAACCCGUUAUCUAAUCUGUAAAAUGUAAUCAACACUAGUCAACUAGCCUCCACACAAAAUAAAUCAGAUUAUUAAAACUGCUAAAUGAUGUGCAAUUGUCAGUAGAUAUUAUCAUUUGUUUUUCCACCAAGCAUUUGAUUUAUCUGAUUUUCUUGGUAUAAUUGACUGAAGCAAUGUUUACUGGCCAUCUUGACCUGGGGUCCCCCUGUAGCAUGGCAUGACCAUCUGGUCCCUUGAGCACUGUUCAGGUGCCCACUGCAAAUGUGCCCUCUGGUUGUGAGGUUGUAGUACUCUGUGACUUCUUUAAUACAAUCCAAAGCCUCUUCUGUA